AUGUCCUCAAACAAUAAUCAAUCUAAACUCGUCGUUAUUACUGGAGCUAGCAGUGGAAUUGGUGCUACAACUGCUGUCGAAUUUGCUGCCAAAGGUUACAAACUUUUAUUGUUGGCCAGAAGAUUGGACAGAUUAGAGCAAUUGGUAAAAGAUUCAAGCAAUAGUUUGUCAUUUGAAAAUACUGUUAUUCAUCAAUGUGAUAUCAUUCAAGUUGACCAAAUUAAGGAAGGUAUUGAAAAGGCCAAAAAGCAAUUCAACAUUUCUUCUGUUGAUUGUUUAAUUAACAAUGCAGGUGUCAUGUUGUUGCAACCACUCCUCACUCAACCAUUAUCCGAUCAAAAUCAAAUGUUUGACACAAAUGUAAAAGGUCUCUUGAAUGCAUCACACGCUGUCCUCAAGGAAAUGGUUGAAAACAAACAAGGCACCAUUAUCAACAUUAGUAGCAUUGCGGGAACUAAAUCUUUCCCUUCAGCAGCUGCCUACUGUGGUACCAAACAUGCUGUUCAUGCAAUUUCUGAAACUUUGAGAAGUGAAGUUGCUGGUUCAAAAGUUAGAGUUGUGAUUGUUUCUCCUGGCUUUACAGAGAGUGAAUUGUUAGGUCACAAUGAAAAGGAAAACUCAGAAGGAUUUGAAGCAAUGGUCAACUCAUGGGAGAUGGGAGCUCUCAAAUCCAAAGAUAUUGCUGAUGCCAUUCUUUAUGCCUAUGAAGCACCAAAGCAUGUUUGCGUAAGAGAAAUUAAAUUAGCCCCAACAGAACAAACUGUUUAA